AUGUCUGCCAAUCAUCUACUACAGCUUUUCUUGGACAAGGCUAAAAUCCUCUUUUCCCAACUGCCACCAAAUGCUCAGAAUUACCUGUCCCGUCCAUUGGUUCACAAGGCGAUCGCACUUGUGGCAGCUAUCCAGUCCCUGAGAAUUGCCAACAGGUAUCUAUCCCAAAGGGCACAGAACAACUGGGUCCGCUCACGUCCUUGGGAUGCGUCGAAGGAGCUGGUGCUUCUCACAGGAGGAAGUAGUGGCAUCGGAAAGCAAAUAAUGCAGGACUUAGCCAAGCUUAAUGUCAAGGUUAUCAUUUGUGAUAUUCAGGAGCCCAACUUCUCCUUGCCAUCGAACGUCUUUUUCUACAAAGUGGAUCUUACAUCCUCUGCCGCAAUUAAAGAGAUAGCUACAAAGAUACGAAGGGAUCAUGGUCAUCCGACAGUCUUGAUCAAUAACGCCGGUGUUGGGUUCGGGGGAACCAUCCUGGAUGAACCAGAAGAAAAGAUCCGCCUGACUGUUGAGGUCAACACUUUGGCCCAUUUCUGGACUGUGAAGGAGUUCUUGCCUAGUAUGAUCAAAAAUGAUCAUGGUCACAUCGUGAACAUCGCCAGCAUGGCUAGCUUUGUAGCACUGGGAGAGAUGGCGGAUUACGCUUGCUCGAAAGCUGGGGCGCUUGCGUUUCACGAAAGUUUGACCCAGGAGAUCAAGCACUGGUAUGGCUCAAGAAGAGUGCGCACGAGGUGA